CGUACUGUUGCUUAGCUCUUAAGCUCGCGCUCUUAAAAUGGAUCGCCCCUGUUCGUUGACGCUGUUCUUGCUCGGCGUCACCGUCGUCAUUUUCGGCCUGCUUCCGGCAACCGGCGAUGCGUCCAUCUUCUACUCGGUCCAUACGUUGCCGGUUCCACGAUAUCGGUCCUACUUCGACUCGGUGGGUGAGCAAAGCAUCGGCCAGGGUCGCUUCGAAACGAGUGUGAUCAUCCAGGAGGACAUUCUGGUGAGGAAACGGUGCGAGUGCAUUCCCCGGUACCGGUGCCGAUCACCGCGGAACAUCAUCAACUUGAAAACUCGGGACUGCCACCAUCACGAGAAAGUGUGCUGCGAAUUUUGACGGCCAUGACGACGACGACGAUGCGGUCUGUGAACAGAGACGCAGCGUCGCGACGCUGCCCAUGUGUUCUUAAUCCAUCUCAAUUUGCCGUGGUUGCUGUGUGUACAAAGAUGCUGUAAACGACGCGUUAGAAACCGCAAAACUGACGACGAGUGAUCUUUAUCUUACUUUGCGCGCACCUGACCUAAAUGUGGAGCAAUUUUGGCGUGCAAAUUAUUCUGUUGCUGCUGCUGCUGAGUUGUAACUAAACAAAUCUACUUCUUUCAAAACAAAUCAGUUUGUAGCGCG